AUGUUAGCGUCAAGCACCCACAACAUUUUCACAUUUGAGGACAAUGCUACCCACUCAGCCCGCAAGAGAAUCAUCUCAGGAACCUUCUCAAAGUCUUUCAUCCUUGCAGACCCGUCAAGCAGGGCCUCUAUGAAGAAGGUUCUAUACGGUAGGCUGUUACCAAUGAUCGACCAUGCUGCUCAUGGAGGGGGUGCCCUGGAGGUUUUGGAGCUCCUAUACUCCUACUCUAUGGACUCCUUUGUGGCAUGGCAAUUUGGUGGCUCUCUCAGCAGCAACCUCAUCGAGGAUGAACAAGAGCGGCGUCUUUACCUCGACGGAUUCUUCGCCGCAGCUCCCUACACUUUUUGGCAAUAUCGGUUUCCGCUGCUCAACUCUCUGUUCAAGGCGGUCGGACUGAUUCCUAAAAAGGUGGACAGCGGAUUCAAUGACAUUCUCCGCUGGAACCUCGAGAAGUGCGACAAAGCACAAGAGCUUCUGGCCCAAGGCGAGGGAAAACUGUCCCCUGACAACAAGCCCGUUGUUAUGGCUCUGGCUCUUCAAGCCAUGAGCGAUCCGGGGGCAAGACCUGGCGAUUAUCCGCAGCGUCUCGAAAUUGCUAGCGACAUGUUUGCUCACAAUUCAGCUGCACAUGAGACCAGUGGAAAUACUCUGACCUACUGCAUGUACGAGCUUUCGAAGCAUCCGGAGAUUCAAUCCAAGCUACGUGAGGAGCUCUUGAUCCUCGAUCCUCCUCUGUUCUAUCCGCCGAAGGAGGGACUCGACAACCUGGUUCUCCCAACGGCCAAGAGCAUCGACAAUUUGCCGUACCUUGAGGCCGUGAUUAUGGAGACCCUCCGACUGUAUCCCUCAGUUCCGGGCGGUCAGCCUCGAAGAGUGUCCAAGUCAUGUACGCUUGGCGGUCACAACGACAUUCCACCUGGCACUACGGUUCAGUGUUAUGCCUGGUCACUCCACCGCACCCCCAAGGUAUUCCCCGAGCCAGAUGUCUGGAAGCCAGAGAGGUGGAUUGAAUCGUCGCCGGAACAGCUCAGUACUAUGCGCCGAUGGUUCUGGGCCUUUGGUAGCGGCGGUCGCAUGUGCAUUGGUACCAUGAAGAACGUUAUUGGUACCGUUUACACCAACUACACGACCACGAUUCACCAUGCCGGCGAUAUGACGCUGCAAGAUGCUUAUCUCGCUGGUCCUACUGGACACCAUUUGGAACUCAUGUUCCACGCAAUCAAGCGAUAA